UUGCAUGCCAGCAGGAAUACAGAUCGGACCCGCAACUACUUCACAAUUGAAAAGCCAAGAAAGAAUAUAAUAUUUGGGAACAGAUGUGCCAAUAGCGUUUUUGUAGAGCAUUUGGAUAACUUGACUGCGGCAAAAAUUAAGGAAUGGCUUGUCUUAUGGCAGCCUUUUCAGUGAAUAACGCAGCAGUGACAAACUCCAUCAUAAUGAACACCAAUGGGCCCCCUGAUCUCAUGCUGGACCCCAGAACUGUGUGUGUGUCGAUCGACGAGGUGGUCUCCAGUAACAUGGGCACCCAGCAGACUCCCUUACUGCAGGGGCACCUGAAAAAAGUGGAGAACAGCCUGACCGAGGCGCAGCGCUUUUCAUACCUGCCCCGUCGGCCCGCUGUCAAUAUCGAAUUCAACGACCUCUCCUACUCCGUCCCUGAGGGACCGUGGUGGAGAAAGAAAGGUUACAAGACCCUGCUGAAAGGCAUCUCUGGUAACUUCACCAGUGGGGGCCUGGUGGCCAUCAUGGGACCCUCUGGGGCCGGAAAGUCUACCCUCAUGAACAUUUUGGCAGGAUACCGAGAGACGGGUAUGAAAGGGGAGAUCCUGAUCAAUGGACAGCCCCGUGACCUCCGCUCCUUCCGGAAAGUGUCGUGUUACAUCAUGCAGGAUGACAUGCUCCUCCCACACCUGACAGUACAAGAGGCCAUGAUGGUGUCAGCUAACCUUAAACUUCAGGAGAAGGAGGAGGGUCGGAGGGAGAUGGUGCGGGAGAUCUUGACCGCCCUGGGACUGCUUGAGUGCGCCAAAACUCGCACCACCAACCUCUCCGGGGGACAGAGGAAGCGCCUGGCCAUCGCCCUGGAGCUGGUCAACAACCCGCCGGUCAUGUUUUUCGACGAGCCCACAAGCGGAUUGGACAGCUCCUCCUGUUUCCAGGUGGUCUCUCUCAUGAAGGCUCUGGCCCAGGGAGGGAGAACCAUCAUCUGCACCAUCCACCAGCCCAGUGCCAAGCUGUUUGAGCUCUUCGACAAGCUCUACGUCCUGAGCCAGGGACAGUGUAUCUACCGGGGGAAGGUAUCCAAUCUGGUCCCAUAUCUCAGGGAGCUGGGACUUAACUGUCCCACAUACCACAACCCAGCAGACUUCGUGAUGGAGGUGGCUUCGGGGGAGUACGGGGACCAGACAGCCAGGCUGGUGAAGGCCGUGCGGGAGAGGAAGUGCGAGAAGGACUACAAGACGGAGAUCCACAGAGACGGCCCGCUCAACCCCUUCCUGUGGCACAGGCCUUCAGAGGAGGACUGCUCCUCCGGAGAGGGCUGCCACAGCUUCUCGGCCAGCUGCAUGACUCAAUUCAGCAUCCUGUUCAAGAGGACGUUCCUCAGCAUCAUGCGCGACUCGGUCCUUACGCACCUCCGCAUCGCCUCCCACAUCGGGAUCGGCAUCCUGAUUGGACUCCUCUACCUGGGGAUCGGCAACGAGGCCAAAAAAGUGCUGAGCAACUCGGGCUUCCUGUUCUUCUCCAUGCUGUUCCUCAUGUUUGCCGCCCUCAUGCCCACCGUGCUCACCUUUCCUCUGGAGAUGGGCGUGUUCCUGAGAGAGCACCUGAAUUACUGGUACAGCCUAAAGGCCUACUACCUGGCCAAGACCAUGGCUGAUCUUCCCUUCCAGGUGGUGUUUCCUGUGGUGUACUGCAGCAUUGUGUACUGGAUGACCUCACAGCCUCCAGAGGCCUCCCGUUUCCUGCUCUUUGUGUCCCUGGGGAUCAUGACCUCGCUGGUGGCCCAGUCUCUGGGGCUGCUGAUAGGAGCAGCGUCCACAUCGCUACAGGUGGCGACGUUUGUGGGUCCGGUGACGGCCAUUCCUGUGCUACUAUUUUCUGGAUUCUUUGUCAGUUUUGACACCAUACCCAAGUACCUCCAAUGGAUAUCCUACAUCUCAUAUGUCAGGUAUGGGUUUGAAGGAGUGAUCCUGUCCAUCUACGGUCUGGACCGCGAGGAUCUCCACUGCGAUGAAAACGAGACCUGCCACUUUCAGAAAUCCGCGCUGAUCCUCAGGGAGCUGGACGUGGAGGACACCAAGCUCUACAUGGACUUCCUUGUGCUGGGCGUCUUCUUCGUCACGCUCCGCCUUAUCGCCUACUUCAUCCUGCGCUACAAGAUCAGUGCCGAGAGGUAGACCGUCGCAGUGGAACGGGAUUUCCCCGAGUUCUGCUGCUGCCCUGGACCCUGGAGACAUCCGUCAUUCCAGCUGGGAGACAGUCGUCUACACCAUACAGGCCCCAGACCAUAAUGUUUUUAAAGUGAAGCCAAUGAAUAACCAUGUACAAGCCCAUAUCUGUUCGUAUGUGUGUGUGUAUGUGUGUUUGUAUGUGCCUGUGUGUACGCCGUGUGUACAUGCAACUGGUUUCCUCAUGGGGAAGUACUGUAACUGAACACAGCAAAGGGUCAAAGAAGAUGUUCAGCCAUUUUGAAAACUAUGCUUUUCCUGCACAGGUUUUAUCCACUGGUCUGGUCUGAGAGGUUUGUGGGCACAUUUAGUGCAUAAAAUGUGAUGACUAGAUUUUGAAAAAGUAACAUGGUUGCUACAUUUAGAUAAUGCUUGUUCUGAAUGGAGAAAAGAGCAUGUUUUCAGAGCCAGUCUUGCUGAAUUACCAAUGGAGAGGUGACUUUAGGUUUCCUGAGCUAAUGUAGAACACUCCAGGUGUCUGCAGAGAUAGAAAUGACACUCCUAAUGCAUAGGCAUUUCAGCUGGGAUGUAGUUUGUCCUCUGAGUGGAAUCUACCAGUUAGUGGCACACUAACCACCCUAUGGUGACACCGGAACUCAAAACGCCUUACAUUUGGAGUGCCAUUUCGAUUUUUGCAGCACUUCUCUGCGAAGGUCCGAGGUACAGUUGUGUAAACUCACCUUAGACAGUCUGGCUGUGACUGUGUUUUCAGAGUGGGCAGCCAUUCAUAAACCUGCUUAUAUGAGACAUGUUGUAUGACUGGCCACCAGGCUCCCAACGUUCAUAUUGCAAAGAGCUGGUCUCUGUUCAUUUUCUAGAAUUGCAAUGCCAGAUGGAGCUGGCUGUCUUUGUCGACAUGGACAGAACCAUCCGAUGAAGGCUUGCCCCAUCCUUUACUGGAUUGUCCCUGCUAUAAUACCAUGAACCCCUGUCAGCUUGUUUGUGUUAAAUUCAUACCAAUACAUUUCUCCAGACUUGGGUCUCAUCACAAAUGCAGUAUUUUAUUGAAAAUGUGUUCAGUGAGGCAGGGAGAAUUACGUGUCUCAAUAAUAAAAAAUGUUUUACAGUUUGUACUGGGUAAAAAAAAGUAAUGUUUGUUUUAAUUUGUGAUAUUACUGUUGCAAACUGCCUUUAAUUAUCCACAGUUUUUGUUAUAUGUUAUAAACUGAUUGUCAUCACUCAACAUGCCAGAUGAUUAAAGUUUAUUUCUUGUAUUAAAGCAAUUCUAACUAAAAUUGUAUUCAGUGUACAAAUAUUCCUGCAUGUUGCAUACUGUAAAUCUGCUGUUCCACUGGGCUCAGGAAUACAGUUUUAUUUGUUACAAUAAAGCAUGUAUGACUUAUGUGUCCCCAAAGACAUGCCACAUAUCUCAAUGUAGGAGUAUUUCAUGGUCAACAUUUGCCAAAAAAAAAGGAAUUAAAUAGACAGCAUUAUCAGGACAUAUGUAACAAAUAUAAUUCUGUACUAAUUUAGUAAGAGCUUUUCUGUGCCCAAAAAUUAUGGGAGAUCACUUGAAGGCGUUUGAUUGUUCCUUUCGGUCUAUAAUAGAACGUUAAUGAUUAAACUCCUGUUUAAAAUGGCAAGUAAAACAUAUGAUGUAAUAUGGGUAUUUUAAGUCUCAAGAAGGAACUUACAGUAUAAUUUAUGGGGAAUAACAAUAAAUUGUUUACACUGAUAAAUGAAGCAAAACUCAAUGCAAAGUCCUUUCUUUUUUUUGUUAAAAUGGACUUGUGUGAUCUUUGUUAAAUAGAAAUGUUUUUUUCUCUCUGAGUGGAGAAUAUAUGCUUUAAUGUCACAAAUAACAAACCUUUUCUCUUGUCACUUGUUUUACACUGCAUCCCCUGUUUGGCUUUGAAAUGGAUUCCAAACUCUCUUUUAGAGGGCAGCUAUUUUAUGACAAUGCAGGGCAUUUUAAAGAAAGAAUACUUAUUUUGUGAUUUUCUGUCUGUUUUUGUUUGUUUAUAUAUGAAAUGUCUUUAAAUGCUUUGUUAUGCAAUAUUCUAGUUCAUUUGUUCCUUUGAACUACAUUUUGGGAGUUCAGAAAUGCUAAAGUUUAUAUUUAGGACAUAAAUGCUGAAUGCUGGGGAAAGAAAUAUUGUAUUUAAAUGUUAUAGAAAUGAAUAAAGUUACAAUAUUUUCCAAA